CUGAUUGGUCAAUUUCCACAAGCUGUGUUCUUUGCCGUAAACAACUCAAACGCUACAGCUUUUCUGGUUUCAUCCAUCUUGUUAGGUGUACUUUAAUCAAAAAGCCAACUAGGGCAGAAAUUUCAUCUGCCACCAUCCAUGGAAAGAAGGGCACACAAGCAAUCAUCCAGCAAGCAACUUCUGUCAAAGACAAAGAACAAAAGUACGCGCAGUCCUGGUUGCACAAGCAGGAGAUCCGGUGUAAAAUUACAAUCAUGUGCUCAGAAAAAUCAGAAACUGUUUAAGAAACAUGAUCGCCAUGUUUCUUCUACUGGUGGACAAUCUGUGGCUGCUGAGUCUUGGCAGUCCCCUGAACACGCAUCUCGUCUUGGUAGCAUCACUCCUGAUAUGGAGGAAAGAGAUCAGCCUCUGAGGUCUGAGGCUUCCAAAGAUUCCUCAGGAGUUCAGGAAGAUUCUGUGCUGGCUAAAUACAUAGAACGUUUUCGACAUGGUCUACCUCAGAGUCGGAAACAGCGCCAGCCAGUGACUCCUGUCUCUGGAGAAGAGCAGGAACCUUUGUGGUGGAUGUUCCACUCAUCAUCUCCCUGUGGAAAACAAACUAAAACAUUACAUAAAGACGACCACGAUUCUGCUGUCACACAUGAUGGAUCCGUCACUCUGUUUUCCGACACUUCCCAGGAAGAAUUAGAGGAUUCAGAUGUGUUACAACUUCAAGACAGGGCUAGCAGACUUAUUCUGGAAAAUGAAGAGGAUCUGAACACGGGAUCUGUUCAUGUGAGCUCAGGGGGGCUGGGAUUCUCUGAUUUUUCAUCUCCAGUGAGUGUGGACGAGUUUAUGCCACAACCUCUGACUCCCGGUUUGAUGAAACCUGCAAAGUCAAACUCAGACUCCAUUCACGCCUUUCAAAAGUCUUUCCUUCCAACUUUGACCCCCCCAACUCGACCAGAGGAGGAUAUUUUGUUCCAAUGGCGUUUAAGGAGAAAGCUGGAACAGGCCAGGGACCAGUGCCUGCAAAGUUCUAGUUUUCCUGGUUCUACAUUUAGCUGGCAGGCUCCUCGUUUGACCGAUACACCAGGCAGUGGACUCAUCUCCAAGCAACAAACAACCUGUCAAUCUGCAGAUUCCUCACAAACAGUUGACCAUCCGCAUGCCGCUGCUCUCCAGCCAGAAGCCCACAGACAAACCCCACCAGCCUAUGUUGUCUCCAGCUCCUCAGUACCCCCGUCCGUUAGCAAUGUCCCUCCCCAUACGCACUUACUCUGCGAUGUUCUUCCAUGCCCCGUUCAGCUUCACCUCAAAGAGAAGCAAAGCAUUACACAGAAGAGUGCUCAUAAAACAAUCCAGGUUCCUGAUAGUUCCGCUAUUUGUUUGGGAGAGCACUCAAGAUCAUCACCACAUGCAUCGCCUGGAGCUACGGAAGGGGAAGAGCUAAGUCACCAACAAAUACCUCAGAAAGCUAAAACGAAGGAGCCAGAGAAGACAGGAGCCCCCAAGCAGAAGAGGAGAUCAGCUAGGGAGAGGUGCCAAAAAAAGAUGACACCCAGAGAGGAGAGCCAGGAGUUUCCUGCUGUUUAUGAACCUCCACCCUCUCCGGUCCACGUUGCCAUGGGACAGGUUGUUUCAGAGGUUUUAUUCCCAGUUUCCUCCAUUUCUCCUGAUCACACCAUCCCCCCAGCCAAAAAAUCCCCCGUUUCUUCCUGUGAAGCUCUGAAUUCUCUGGAAGUCAUUUCACAGCUGCUUCAAGAAGCAGAGGAUUCAGAUGAAAAAGAAUUUGAAAAUGACCCUUUGCUCCAAGUCCUGCGCCAACAGAGGAAAUGGGUAAAGAAUCAGAUCAGGAACGUGGAUGUUAUGCUGAAUGAAUUCCCAGAGGAGCAGCAGGUCAUUUAAAUAUUGAAAAGAGACACCAAAAAGUUUUUUUUUUAAAUUUUUAUUAUCAUUUUCUAAACAAAUAAAG